UUUAUUAUUUUAUACAUAUUAUAUAUAUAUAUUAUAUGUAUGUAUAAUAUGUAUAUAUUUUAAUAUUAUGCCUUAUGUAAAGAAAAAUAAUAAUAAAUAUAUUAUAAAUAUAUAUAAAAUUAGAUAGUUAUAUUGGUUAUACUAAUGUUUAAUAAAAAUAAUAUAAAAUAUAUAAAAAUUUAUAAAAUAAUAUGUGAAAGAACAUAAAAAUUAUAUCCCAGAAUAUAAUUAUGUUUAUUCAUUUUUUGAUGAUAAAUAUAAAUAAAAAAAUUGUACAGUGUAUGAUAUUAAAUGCAAAAGUAAAUUUAAGUACAAAAGUCAAAACAUAUUAUGAUAUCUUGGGAGUACCUCCAACUGCUACAUAUAAGGAAAUAAAAUCAGCAUAUUACAAAUUAACGUUAAAAUAUCAUCCUGACAAGAAUAAAACUGAAUCUGCAAAAAAAAUGUUUCAUGAAAUUUCAAAUGCAUAUGAUAUACUUAGUAAAUAUAAUACACGUAAGGAAUAUGAUAGAACUCUUUUAGUCAAAUAUGAUCAUUUGCAUCAUAAACACAAGAAAAUGAAAAUGUACAAUGUUAAUGAAACAAAAAAUAGUUGUCAUUAUACAGGUAAUACUACAGGUAGAAUUUAUGAUUUUGAUGAAUGGGUAAAACAACAUUAUUCAGAUUUAUUUCAAAAAAAUUUACAUAUAAAAGAUAUAGAAAAAAGAUAUGAAGAAAAUGUUAAAGCAAAUGUAGAUAAAUCGCUAAACUUACCUUCUUCAAUAAUCCUGAUAAUAAUAAUAUCAAUAUUAUUAUAUCUGAAAAUAUCAAUAGAAGAAAAUACUUAUAAAAAGAAUAGGAAAAGAAAUGGACAACAAAUCAACUGAUUAGAAUUAUUUAUUAUUUAUUUAAAAGAUUUUAUAUAGGAAAACAUUAUAAUUAAAAAUAUAAAACAUAAUAUAUGUAUAUAAAAAAUAA